UUCAGUAUUCAACCACCUAAUAACUACCUCCGCCAUAGAACAAGAACCCAAGAAAGCCGUGCACCGCAGCCAUGGAGAUGGCCCGCGCCUUCUUCCACACCCCGCAGCGGCAGCACCACCUCGCCGAGCUCCGCGUUGAGGGCGACCAGUCGCCGGUCGCCUUCUCCGACCCCUGCGCCGCCGGGCGCAAGCGCCACUGCCUCUUCCCCGCCUUCUCCCCGCGCAAGAAGAUGUUGGUCGACCUGCCCCCCUUCUCCUCCGCGCCCGCGCCUUCCCCGCCACCCCGCGCCGGCCGCGUCGUCAGCGUAUUCUCGUUGGCGAUGUCCCCUUCCAGCGGAAGCAACGGAAGCUUCGCGUUCUACGCUUUGCCUGAGCAGCCGGCGCCCAAGGGCUCCAACCGCAGUGGUGCCUUCGCGUUCUUGACUUCGCCGGAGCGGUCGCUGACACCCAUGGGCUCCACCGCCAGCAGCGGUUGCGGGGUCUUCUCUUCUCGGCCGUCGCUAUCUCCCGGCCACGGGGGCUCCAACGGAACCGGCGCCAUCGCGUCCUUGGCUCCCCCGACGCCGACGCGCACGGGAUCCAACGCCAAUGACGGCGGGGAAUCAGCGUUCCUGGCUUCUCCGAACGCGGCGCUCGGGCGGAAAGAUUCUCCAGCAUCUGCGUCAGACAAGGCGUUGUCUCCCGCGGGUCACAGGAUUAGCGGCGGUGGCGAUCUCGUCUUCUCGCCGCCGCUAGUCCUCUCGGCCUCCCGGACGUCGGCAUCUCCAGAGCGGAAGGCCGAGGGGAGCACCCUCUGGUCACGACGCCGCGGGAAGAAGCGGCAGUUGGAAGGGCAGCUGCAGGUCACCCUGCCGCUGAAGAAGGUCGCCAAGACGGAAGCGUUGGCCAUCGGCGACCCUACCCGUCGCGUCGCCCAGUCCGUGUCGUCGACCAGGCCGUGCUGCGCGUUUGUCAAAUCGCCGGCGAGGGCGAUCAAUCAGGAAGGCAGCAAGGACAUCCUCGCCGCCAGCGGCGCAUCCUGCUCGUCAUCGCCGUAUCAGUCACCGGCGGGAACGAUCUGCACGUUGGACACAUCGCCAACAAGGCCGCUGGAGAAGGCGGGCAGGCGGGAGAGCGACGCGCAAGUAUCCGGCGAGCGCGGAGGUGGCCACGGAGCGGCGGCGUGCCAAGGCGCCGAGGUGGUGGUGUGCGUGACCUGCUCGUGCGGUGCCCGGAAGGAGUUCAGCUUCGACCACCGCCACUGACGAGUUCGUUUCCCCGUCCGUUGCUUCAUCAGUCUGACCUGAAUUCAUGAUAGCGAUAACUGCAUUGUGCUAGGAACUGUGUGUGCGCGCUAUGAAAGCUGUAGGCAAGUGGACGGUUCUCUCUGUAGUUUCCCUGCUGCUUUCUUCUUGAUUUGAACUGGAAAUUGCUGAAGAGUCAGAGACGCUUGCGUUCCUGGUAAACGUAUGCCGUUCUUUUA